UAAAGGCGAUUGUUGUAGACUGGUCUCCUAGCGACAAACACGAAAACACGAAAUCUGGGAGUUGUAGUAUUUAACAUAGUUGCUGAGAGAAGUCUAAAAAAAAAUCAAACAUUUGCCCGUUUACUAUAGCAUAUCGUCAACAAGACAUCAACAUUAAAACAUACCUGUUAUUAUUUUUCAGAAAAUAUUUAAAGAGCUUCAAUUAAAUGACGACAGUUUUCUUUAGAUGACUACAUUUCCCAUGAUGUAAUCGGGCAAGGAUUCCGCCAUUAGUUCAAGUGGGAAGGCUUUUAGCUGUAAUUUUCAUCAGGUGUUGUUGCCAUUUAAAGAGGCAGGGCCUGUAAUCCGCAUAGUACUGCAUGCUCACCUUAUUUAUUUAUCCUUACUUGAUCAAGAUUGCAGUUAAAAUGUCCAAAAUAUAAAUUAGGGCAUACUUUCCAAUAAUCCGUCCUAUUUUUGUUCUAAUAAAAAACUCCUAAUUUUACUUUUCAUUUCUGCAUACAGCCAUGAGGGGAUACUUUAACUCGAAAUUAGUGAAACAAUAUUAACUCAAUUCACACCAGAAAACAGAUAUCACAUCACAAUAAUAAUGCAGGUGAGCCAGACAUUCAUCACAAAAGGAGCACAUAUCAUUCAUAUCACAAUACUUAGACAGCAGUGCAUUACAAGGGCAAAUUCCAUACAAAAUCUUCAGAUUAACUUCUUUGAUUUGAUUAGACAUACAAUAUUUACACGGAUCAGUCAUAACAUUGUGAGCAGUGAGAGGUGAAGUGAAUAAGACUGAUGAUCUCCUCAUCAUGGUACCUGUUAGUGGGUGGGAUAUAUUAGACAGCAAGUAAACAUUUUGUCCUUAAAGUCGAUGUGUAAGAAGCAGGAAAAAUGGGCAAAUGUAAGGAUUUGAGUGAGUUUGACAAAGGGCCAAAUUGUGAUGGCUAGACGACUGGAUCAGAGCAUCUCCAAAACUACAGCUCUUGUGGGGUGUUCCCGGUCUGCAGUGGUCAGUAUCUAUCAAAAGUAUCCUUUAAGACCUUUAAUUCUUAAGUCCUGUAAGUAUCCUUUAAGGGGGCCCAUGAAGGCCCCACCUUGCAACUUACAGGACUUGAAGGAUCUGCUGCUAACAUCUCGGUGCCAUAUACCACAGCACACCUUCAGGGAUCUAGUGGAGUCCAUGCCUUGAGAAAGUCCUCUUCUCUUUUCACAUAUGACAGAAGGAGUGCAACAUCGGAAAACACAGUUUCUCAUCACGAGUCAGUUCACUUGCAGAGGACCAUGGCAAUGCAGCCACACUAAAAACGAAAGCAAAAUCCAUAACUAGGAGAAAUGGGAAACACAACAUCAAGAAGCAACUCCCAAACAGACCCAGAAAAAACCUCUUUACUCAGUAAAGAGGAAAACGGUAUAACUUACAGGAUCCCAGCUUUAAUUUACAUUAACGACACUCAAACAUUUCUUGCUUUUGCUGAGAAAAGAACAUCACCAAGUGAUACUGACGCCACUCUCCUGGUCAUGAGGAGGGGAACACGGCAGAAUGGGCUCAUUCAGUGGUCAGAUGUUCAGGAGCUUGACACUGCUUGUUUGCCUGGACAUCGCACCAUGAACCCGUGUCCGGUCUAUGACAAAAAAUUUAAGGCUCUCUUUCUGUUCUUUAUCUGUGUGGAAGGUAAGACCUCUGAAAAUGAACAGAUUUGCACUGGUAAGAACAAGGCUCAGUUGUGUUACGUCACUAGCAAUGACAGUGGGCAGAAUUGGAGCAAAGUGGAAGACUUGACAGAAAGAGUGAUUAAAGAUGAGAUUAAAGAUUGUGCCACAUUUGCUGUUGGACCUGGACAUGGCAUUCAGAUGAAGAGUGGUAGACUCAUCAUUCCUGCUUAUUUAUAUUGUUGUGGGUGUCCAUGUUUUAACUGUUGUUGUAAUUUGGCUUCGAGUUUUAGAUGUUCUCAAAGUUCCCAUGCUUUUGCAUUCUAUAGUGAUGACUUGGGGAAAACAUGGAAUUUCGGAGAACGAAUAAGCACCGAAUCUCUUGAGUGUCUGAUGGCAGAGAUUAUUGACAAAAAUGGCGAGAGUCAAUUGUACUGCAAUGCAAGAAGUAGAAGUGGUAAAAGGGUUGAGGCUUUGAGCAAGAAUAGUGGAAAGAAUUUUGAUCCUCCUCCAUUUUCCCAGAAACUGGUAGAAUGUGGUAAUGGUUGCCAGGGCAGUGUAUUGAGCAUCUCAACAUCAGAUACUGAGAAUUGGCUCCUUUAUUCUCAUCCAACUGACAAAGGCCAGAGAAAGGAUCUUGGGAUUUACCUGAACAAAUCUCCUCUUAGUGAUUUAGGUUGGAAUGAACCAUGGAUUAUCCAUCAUGGCCCCAGUGGAUACUCGGAUCUGACUCAGUGUGAGGAGCCUGAUAAGUUUGCUUGCCUCAUGGAGUGUGGGAAGAAGAGUGAACUUGAACAAAUAGCCUUUGUGGAGUUUUCCCUCUCUGAUAUCAUGAACAAUCAGUAGCUAUAUUAGCAUGAAUGGUAUCAAUCUAAAAAAAAAAUAGAAAAAAAUGGUCUUAAAAAAGAAGUGCCUAAAUCAGAAUAAAAUUACUGUCUUGGUUAAAUUGAGUUUGUGUAGCACUUAUAACAAUAGAUAAAGCAGCUUUACAGAAAUCCCAAUACAGAUGUAGAUCACUAAUAAGAUAGCCAGAGGUGACACUGAACCCAUUACCAUGUUCAUUAAACCAGAUUGACAUGAGGUUUGCUUAAACGGAGCACUUUAAUCAAGGGCAGCAGUACAAUGCAUACAAUCAUGCUGCUUUAGGUAACGUUCACAUCAACCAUCAGAAUAAGGAUGUAAUUUGCAUGGUUUUGACUGUGGAAUAAUUGUUGGUGCUAGGUUGGUUUGAGUAUUUCAAAUAUUUCAAGUAUUUUGAGUAAGUGCUGAUCUCCUGGGAUUUUCACACACAGCAAUCUGUGGAGUUUACUCAGACUGGUGCAACAAAGAAAAAAACGUUCCAGUCAAGAUUUCUGCAAAUGGAAAGACUCAAUGAAUCUCAAUUUCUGCUGAGGCACAUAGAUGGUAGGGUCAGAAUCUGCACCAACAGAAUGAAUCAAUGGACCCAUCCUGCUUUGGGUCAACAGUCCAGGUUGGUGGAAGUGGUGUAGUGGUGUGUAAAAUGUUUUCUUGCCACAACUUACCUAUGUCCUAUCUGGCUACUUCCUGCCUGAAAAUGACCACAAAGCAAAUGUCGUCUCAUGGUUUCAUAAGAGUGACAAUGAAUGUUCUUCAGUGGCCUUCAAAGUCACCAGAAUGUAAUCUAAUGAAACAAAUGUGGCACCAAAGGGGAUUUACAGCAUGAAGGUGCACCUGAAAAAUCUGCAAGAAUUGUGUGCUGCAAUCAUGUCAAUAUGGACCAGAAUCUCAAAGGAAGCUUUCCCAAGUCUUGUGGAAUCCAUGCCACAAAGAACUGAGGGUGUUUUGAGGGCAAAGGGAGGCCCUUCCCAAUAUUAGUGUUGUGUUCAUAAUAAAAUGCCCAGUGAGAGUAUAAUGUUAUCCAAAUGUUAACACAUUACUGUUUAUAUUGCUUAACAUAUUAUGACGCUUCGUAGAUAUAAAAGACAUGUGAGGUGCCACUCUAAGCUUGUGAGUGUCAUUAUAAUAAUGAAUGCAAUUAACAGUAGUGCUGAAAGUUCUUAGAGAAUGUUGUUAACCUAAUGUUUCACUGCAUUUAUGGGAUCAUUCUAUCUUAUUGUUAAGAAAGGGCUAUGUUGCAUUUCAAUGUAUUUUUCCACUAUAUUACUUAUUCAAAAUGUACUAGAUUCCAGAUGGCAAUGGAAAAACUCAAAUCUCAUCAGUGAGAAAUCUGUUAAAUUAAAUUUAAGUGAUUUUAUUUUUAAUGUAAUUUUUUUCUUUUACUUGGUAAUUGUAUAAAUGGAUAUGCAUUCAUUCUUUUAAUAAAUCACACAAUGUUUAUAUUA